AUGUCAUCUACAUCACUGAUAUUCUCAGUGGGAUAUCGGAAAGUGCCAGACGCAUUUCAUGUCAGCCCUACGAGAGGACUCUCUUUGAUUUCUCCUACCCGAAAUAAAAAUGUCCUAGACAGUCGUUCACAGAUGGGCAGUGCUAAGAAAACCAACAACAAAUAUAUCAAUAGUGAUGCUAAUGAACCCCGAAGUGCUGUCCGUAACAAUAUCGAUUCUGAUAACUAUGACAGAAUUGUUGAGAGCAAUAUUGGACUUGAUACCGCGGUAUCCAGCCAACGAAUUCAUGAUUCGCUUCAGACAUUGUAUGAGUUGACUGUUUCCAGUAUCAAUUUGAGUCAGAAACAGAAGGAGGCAAUAGUGGAGCUUGUGUUGUCAUUGCAAUCCUUUGUUGACGGCAUUGAAAAGCAGGAGAUAGGACAAGAUAACGAGAGACCUAUUAGUAUCCAAGUAGUACGAACUAUAGAGUCAAUUCACAAUCUUAUAACGUUUAGUUCAUCUAUCACUACUGAAGAAGUUGAUAAGGACGAGCCCAGAAAUCACUAUUUCCACGACCUAUCAGUCAAUUUGUCGCCGUCAAUAUCAACACGCUCGUUCUAUGAUGAGAGUAUUGCUGUACGUAUGCCAUUCCCUACAAAAACUAAAGAAAACACGCAAGACUCAGACAGUGAAUUUGAAGAUGAAUUAUAG